AUGAUGUUGGCCGUAGUUUCCUGUUCUAAUUCGGUUAUCCGCACGGGACUCAUGGCCGCACGAUUGAAAAUCUCUUGGCUGAACUAUGAAGAUUCUUACAAGUUCUAUGACCGACUCGUUCGAACCGUAUUUAUGCUCGGAUUUUUCUCUUAUCCGAUUCCGAUGGUCUACUCUGUGAAGUGGGAUCAAGAACAACUUCUGGCCAAAGCCGUAGAAACGGAUGAACGUCUUGAAGAUUUUAUCGAGCAGAGCGCUCCAUUCUUUCUGAUCUACACGAAGAUGAUCAUUGUCGUUUUUGCAGCCACUUUUUUCUACUUUUUCUUGGGGAUGGCGAUAACGGGAUUUGUGAUGAGCAGGUGA